AUGCCUCACAAAGACCUAGCGUGGGUGCUUGCCCAACCGCCAAAUAUUAUAAGCAUUCGACAUGCCUAUAACGACAUCAAUGGAAUCAAAAGGAGCUUAGGAAGUAGCAAGUAUAUGCUUGACAAUUGGCAGGGUAUGCUAGUAUCGAAAGAACUUAAUAAAGUGUUGGACGGUAUUGUCCUGUCGUUGAACGAUGAAUUGAAGUAUGUGUUGGAGUCUCGGCUUGGACGAGAUACCGUGGAUUGGAAAGUCCUGGAUCUGCAGCAAACAGUGCAAAUGAUGAUAGUGCAGGCAACGAGUCGCUUCCAUGUUGGAAAACCGCUCUGCCGCAAUGAAGAGUACCUCCACCUUAUCUUGAACAUCAUGGACGAGAUGAUUUUUAGUGCUGCUGUAACUGGCGCAUUCCCGGCCAUCCUACAGCCUCUGAUUAAUCCUGUUGCAAGCUGGAGACUUCGUCGACUGAUAUCUCGGGUUCGAGAGUUAAUAGAGCCUCGUUUCGUAGAGUGUAUGGCACAUGACACCGCCGAUGACAAGUGUACUGAUUUUUUUCAAAUGUUGUUUCGAUUCGCGCGAAAGGAGCGGCCUGACGAACUCAAUAUCUGGGAUCUGACCAACCGCCUUUGCAUGGCCAACUUUGAAGCGAUUCAUCAGACCAGCAUGGCUAUCACAAACAUAAUCCUAAAUAUCGUUUCCUCGGAUGCGGAGUAUGACACCAUUUCAAUACUCCGUAAGGAAACUACUGCUCACUUGGGGUGUGGGAGCGGUGAUUCCGGAGAAUACCUCGACGAUGACACAAAGUGGACAAAGGCUAAGAUUGCGAAACUGGUCAAGGCUGACAGCAUUGCCCGCGAGACGAUGCGGCUCCAUUCCUUUGCAAACCGCGGACUCUUUCGCAAGGUCAUGGCGGAUGGCGUUCAGACAGAGGAUGGUAUCUCUCUACCUAAAGGCAGCAUUCUGUCAUUCUUAUCGCAACCUCUACACACCGAUGGUGACAUUUUCGGAGAUCCUUUAAAAUUCGAUCCCUGGAGAUUUUCCCGGGCAAGGGAGCAGUGUGAAAGUGCCACGGCAAGCCCAGCAACCGUCGAAGCUGCCGGAACACAUUCGCUGGUAUCUACUUCCCAGUUGCUGUCUUUUGGCCGGGGUCGCAACGCCUGCCCUGGACGGUUUCUUGUCGAUUUUGAAGUCAAGAUGAUUGUUUCGUGCCUUCUUCUCAAAUAUGACAUUCGCUUCCCUGAAGAAUAUGGCAACCAGAGACCGCAGAAUAGGUGGCUUGCCGAAGCUUCAGUCAUCCCUAAAGAUGCCAAAGUUAUGGGUGACGCCAAGUGA